AUGACUAGAUUCAAUGCUGGGCAAGUAUCUCUUAUUCCAAGAAUAAAGCUUAAUCCAUCUGAAUCAAAUAGUGAAAUUGAAUUCCAGCGGUUCCAGUUUCCAGUUUAUUUUGCAUUUGCAAUGACAAUAAACAAGUCACAAGGUCAAACUCUUGAGAGCAUUAGAUUAUAUCCCUCUGCCACAGUAUUCUCCCAUGGCCAGCUGUAUGUUACUUUAUCCCGGGUCAGAAAACCUUCUACAAUCAAGAUAGUGCUUAAUACAUCAGCAAAUUUCAAUGAAAUAGCAAAUACUGUAUUUGCAGACAAUGUUGUAUUUAAGAAAGUCUUUGACAUUAAGUAA